UGCCUGGGACCAGAGCGGCAGUAGCAGCGGCAGUCGGGCACGGCCCACACGGGGCAAAUACAGCGAGAGAGAGAGACACGGACAGAGGGGAGAUAGGCAAGCCCCGCCAAUCACAAGAGACGUAGGGACCACACACCCGUUUAAAUAACGCGCAGGAAGGAGCAACCUCGAGCCUCCGCGGAACAUCGCGCAUAGGUGGACAGCAGUAGCUUGGACGACAUCACACGGACGCAGAAGCAGCAGCAGCAGCAGCAGCAUCAUCGCCACGUUACACACGCGAGGCACAUCAGGCUCGUGGAGACUACGCUCAACCGAGUGGCGAAAGAGCGCCUUCCCUGCCCAUCUCCGCUUGCCAUGGAGAUCAUCAGCAGCAGUGCCCUCCUGGUACAGGGCGCUCCUCUGGCGGAGCUGCAGCUGGAACGCAGCGGCAGCACUGCGAUCGCAGGAGCAGCAGCAGCAGAAACUGAAGUGUGCAAAAGAGAUAAUGCUGUAGAUGAGGAGGAGAGAAAAUUCUUGGACUUGGUCAGCAAUAAGAAUAUGAAGUUGGCUGAACGGGUCAUCAUUCCAGCAAAACAGCAUCCAAAGUUCAAUUUUGUGGGGAAGUUGCUGGGGCCACGAGGUAAUUCUCUCAAAAGAAUGCAGGAAGAAACGGGAACCAAAAUGUCCAUUUUGGGAAAAGGAUCAAUGAGGGACAAAGCUUUGGAGGAGGAAAUGAGAAAGAGCGGUGAAAACAAAUACGCACACCUGAGCGAGGAGCUGCACGUCCUGAUUGAGGUGUUUGCUCCACCGUCGGAGGCCUACAGUCGCAUGGGUCAUGCCCUGGAUGAAGUGAAAAAGUACCUCGUCCCAGACUAUAACGACGAGAUCCGUCAGGAGCAGCUGCGGGAACUCAGCUUCCUGAAGGGCGAGGAUGACGUGGAAGUGGGAGCCGACACCCUCAGCAGAGGGGGUCACAGUCGGGGCCCCCUGCCUUCUAUGCCCACGCAUGGCAGGGCCGUCUUGCGAGUGGCAGCCGCCCAGCGGGGCCUCCCCCUGGCCCGGGGGCUCCCGCCCCCCCUUCCUGUCGGCAGGGGGGCCCUGGCCCCUCCUCGAACUCGGCCGGCAGCCGCAUACCGAGCGGCGCCGCCACCACCGCCGCCUCCUCCUCCCCCGCCACCUCCGCUGGCUCAGGAGGCCUACGAAGAGGACUACGAUUACGAGAAUGGAUAUAUCGCUGAGUACGAAGAUUCGUUUGACGGCACUUUCCCCUCGCAGACACAAAGUGCCAGUGAAUACUACGCAGGAUACGGGCGAGAAGAGUAUGAGUCUUACGGAGAAAAUGGUUGGGCAGGGUCCAAUGGCCAUCUGAAAGCCCUGCCAGCCAGAGCAGUGAAAGCUGCUUUCAGAGAGCAUCCGUAUGGUAGAUAAUGAUGCUCGUGUGCUCGCGAACAUUACCGCUGUUCCAACACUUACAUAGACACACACAAUGUCGAUCUUGUAUGCACUCUUGCGUGCACACACACACGCACACAGGCUGAUACAGACAGUGGCAGAGGCGCACUAUUGUCGUAUUUUAUUCCCUUUCUACUUGGUUAUUAAUAUAUGUAUUUAUUUUAGAGGUUUUUUUUUCCCAUGCGAUGUCAAUGUGAACUCGAUUUGGUAAAAUUAGUCCAUUUCAUUACAGAGUGUUCCAUCACAUUAAAAUAUAUAUUUUAAUAAAUAACUGUGUGCCCAAUGUUUUUGAUGAUUUUUCUCCGACUUGUGUUUUUCUAUAAGAACAAUCGGAAGCUUAAUGCAGUAUAAGCAGUUUCAAUGGUAAUAUGAAACGUGUUGAUUACAUAGUUGUUCGGUCUACUACGGUUAAAGUACAGUGGUACUGCAAAGCUCUAAAUUGUACAUAAUCACUUUAAAUUCAGCUUAAAACAUGAACUUAUUGUUGUGGUAAAAUAUAAUUUUUACGGUUUAAACUAAAGCUAGAAUUUUUAAUGCAAAACUUCAAUGUCUGCGGUUUUAGAAGUAAUAUUCCUGCCUAGUUGUUGUAAGUGUUGUAGCUGAUCAUUGACGUGGAAGAGAGCUGUAAACAUAUAACAUGUAAAUAAAGCAGACGUUUAAAAGCUACAAACUAAAUGGAAUGGACUGUACUUUUACAAUGUAUUAUUGUGACUUCAAAAACAUAAUGCUGUUAUAAAAAUAUAACUCGGAAGGUUUUGUCACACUAUAAAGCUAAAACAUUUUAAGCUCAUCAUAAUUCUAAAUUUAUUCUAAAGCAUUCCUAAAUAAUAUUAUAAUUAAUGAUAAUUAAUCAAAUAAAAAUAUAAAUUCUUUUCAAACAUUCCAUUUGUUGGCCCUCUCUAAGAAAGUGAAUGUUAACACCUACAAGCAUGUGCUUAAAAUGUUAACUGUUUGAGUAAGAUAUGGAAUAUAACCUAUCGCUUUCUUGUUCUGUUUAAGCUAAACUGUUAAUAAGUAGCUUCUUACAAAGGGAAGUUAUACACAAGUGGUUGCAUGCCAUGCUACAAACAAAUAACUUGUUAAGUUCUCUUUAAGUGAGCUGUUCAUAAGGAAUGAUUUGUAGCGCCCAUCUGAAGGAGUCAAAGGAUGGCCCCUAAAUGUUGAGCAGCCCAGCAUUAGCAAGGUAACCAUAAUGCAGUACAAUAAACCAUUUACUAAUACUUAUUGCUCUGUUUAAAUGCCCUAAAUCUGCACUCUAAAGUUUUUUUGUUUACGGUAAAACCGAUAACAACUGAGACUGAUCUGAAACAAUUUAACACCCGUUUUACAGACUGGUUUCGCUCAAUUAUAAUAAUAACAACACCCAACAAUUAUAACGUUUUUUUUAAGUAAAUAAAUAAUUGAUAAAUAACACACCUUUCAUACGUUAAACGUACAUAAAAGAAUUAAUGUGUGCUCAUAGCAAUUCUUAAAAUUUUCUUCUAAAGUGGCGUUUUAAAGUAUGCGUGAGUUUCCCUUCUAACGUUUUAAAGCAUUACAUGCCGAAGCUAAUGUUAGACGAGACACCAAAGGAACCCAAUAUUUACCGCCACCCUCAAUGGUAAUGCUACGGCGUUAGUUUCAUUAUCUGACACAUGACACCUACAAAUGCAACCAUAUCUGCUUUGAUGUUUUGCUAAAUGGAUACAAUACAAAUGUCUGCAUGCUACAAGUCUGAUGCAUGAUGUAUUCUUGCACGUCAAUGUUUGCUCAGUAUUUUACGCUUGAUAUACAACACAUCAAUGUUGUGGACGAUAAGUGAACCUCGGGUGUUAUUCGAUCAUGAUAGUUAAAGACGAGCCAUGAUGAAGGAAAAGUUGCAACGUUUUAUAUAUAACAAAAAGGCUGCGAUUAAUUUCCACGGUGCAUAACCAUGUCUCCGAAUUCAAUCUGCGACAGUUAUGGUGGCUUAACGCUCUGUUAGGCUGCAGUAAUAGAGCAGAUAAGUAUGCACACAACACUGACACAAACGAAUGGGAUAAUUUAUACAAGCCAUGAAAACACGGAUUCGAUUAAAAGGACGUUUUCUCUCUUUCAACCUCCGUUGAUGUAUAUUACGUCAAUCAGAAAUGUUUGAAUCUAAAUCACAAGUAUCUUUGUGUUCACCAGGUGUGAUCACACGUUUUAAAAGGUGUGCAAUUUCAUAUAAAAGGGUGUUAAGUGUAUAUAUAUAUGGGUUGUUACUGCAAACAUAAUUGUGUAGUUAUUGGCCAUAUAUCUUUCCCUGGCUUGUUUUGCGUGCUGAAGAAUUGGAAGUCACUCAAGUCUAUUUUUAUUUACAGGAAUCUGAUAUCUUGAGAUGACCUCAUACAGCAGGGAAUUUCCUCAUGCAACACAGAGACUGCACUACAAGACUAGAUGAUAAAUCCUACUGGGUUUGGACAAUGCACAUAUAGGAUUUCACUCGUAUGCAAGGUUUUCAUGCAAGAUGAAGAAGAUGCCCUUUGGAAGCCUCACCGAUGCUGAAAUGAUGCCGGCGCUAUGCGUCGAAGCAGCCUUGCAAUAAGUUAAAUCAUUUGAGACUGGUUACUGAAAUUAAACUAUACAUACGGUGUAUUUCAGGAUGAACUACCACCAGUGUGUGUGUUCUUUACGAAUAAAAACGCAAAAUGUAGCAGACUGUUAACACAACAUUGCAUGUGUAAGCUAACGGUACAGCAGUUAACGAUUAUAAUUUGUAAAUUUUUACUCUGUAGUUAAACAGUCUUAUGACAAUAUAGCAGAAUUAGCAUUAAUACAUCAGCUAAAUGCAAUGGUAUCCGGAAGCCUAUUGUGCUAUAUAUUUGAAAUAUAUUUUUAAAGUGGUGACAUCUUUUUGAAGUGUACAGAUGCGAGUGCACGUAGCAUCAGUUAUCACGCUGUUAAUGAAUAAACAUUCACAAUUUUAAACUGACUAUGCAUACUUGGGGUUGACACGGAAGGGAGGGUUAUGGGAAUAUUGAAAUUGGGGAGAGAGAGAUGGGGAGACGUGUGCUAUGUUUUGUAGGCACUGUAUUUGGCUGUGGGUCAAACACUUUAUAUAGUUGAGAGUGUAAUCAGAGGAGGGAUGUGCUGUGUUUUUGUGGACAGAAUACUGUUAACCUGAUGCAUGAGUGUAUCUGCAAGUGCAGUAAUUGCACACCUUUGGAAGCUGCAUAUCAUGUACAUUGUAUAUUAUACAACAGUAUUUUUAUAACAAAAAAAGAAGGAAAAUGCGAACUCCCAACACAGUCCCUUGGAAUUUAUAUCGUUUAUCUCAAGUUUUAUUUUUCAUAUCAUUCGAAUGCAGAAACUGUAUUAAACGUUGACGUGAAUGUUGUUAUGCAAGCCGCUAUGACCAUCUAUGCAAUCACUUGCACUCACUUUCGGCAGGUGUCAGAUUGCUUUUCCACUUUGAUGUGAUCACACGGGGAGGAGAAAAGUGAUGUUACAGGAUACCUAAUGCAAAUCUUUUCCGAGUUUUUAUUUAGCGAAUGUAUUAUACGGACAGACGGAUUAAAAAAACCAUGGAAAUAAUAAAACGUUUAAAAUAACAUU